AUGAGUUUUACCUAGUGGCGGGCCGGCCGCAUUUUUCCGCUCUGUCAAUAUUUUCGAUGUAUUUUAUUCGUUAUUUAUUCUGGUGUCUUAUUGGACUAUUUUAAUGUUUGUAACGUGUAUUUUUACGCUGUCUGUACAUCAUUGUAUAAAUGUAUGCUAGAAGUUACGCCUAUAUUCUUGUUUACAAAUUUUUGAAGUUAUCUUUAUAUCUCCACUGAGUUGGAAGAUGCAUGUAAUAAUUCCAACGCCGGGCAACAGCACCCGGUACUCUCCGGUGACACUGAGCUCAGAAUGGCCCACGCUGAGCCGGCUCCUGUUCAUAAUCAUAUGCUCCUGUCUUGGCACCACCAUCAAUGGAUUUUUCGUCGCUGCUUUCUUUGUCGAGCACACCUUGAAAAAAGUCGGGAACGUUUUCCUGGCGUGCAUCGGCCUGGCGGACCUGAUAGUGACCACGGGCGUGAUGCCCGUGUCUGCCGUGGUCCUGCUCUCAGCCGGACAGUGGGACACGCUUCCCGUGUGCCACGUGCUUCACUUCCUCACCGAAGCCUCCACCUAUGCCUACAGCUUCUUCUUUGUUUUAGUCGCAAUAGAGACCUACUGGCGUCUGGGAUGCACCGUGUUUCAAUACGAGCACGUGUUUGUCUCCUCCCGGGUCGGUAUUGUCGCGUUCCUGGUGUUCGUGGCAUGCUUCGCGACCGCCGGGGUCGGCGUCUACCUCCACCUCGACUACGACUACUGCCAAAGGCUCCACAACGGUGACUACAAUUUCAGGGUCACCACUUUCGCCACUUUCCACGCUGUUCCCUCUGUCAUCACCCUCUUGUGCUUAAUAGGAUGCUGCUUCAAAGUGCGUAGUCGCGCUCGUCGCCAUGUCUAUUACAAGCGCUCCCAACAGUAUGAAAGAGAUUUCUCGACGACCAAUUUGAACAUAACAGCAUUUUUGUUGUAUGUUGCUGCGUGGACACCCUACAUCGUGGUGUCCCUGAAAUAUCCUAACACUAACGACUCUAAAUUCUACCACUGCGUUUGGAUUGGCGUUUUUCGGUCAGUAUUCACUACCUUCUUGUACAGCUCAAUGAAUAGGAGCUUCAGGCGUGCGUUUGCCCAUCUGUUCUACUAUUGCUGCUGCAAGAGCACCGUGUCUGGUUCGUUCAGCAGCCGCCACAGGAGAGCAUUCGAGUACAAAUCUGCUACUGGCGACGUCAGGGUCCACAUCAUGCAUCAGGCGGUAAGCACCAACAGCCCACAGCGAGGCGCGUCCACGUCACGCGAAACUCAAGAAUUAUGAUCAUCUAGACGGGUGAGAUAAACAGUUACUGGACCGUGUUCAUAAAGAUGUAUGCAUUUUGAUACUUUGAGCACUAUCCCGGUUGCGCUCUCAGUCACAAAGUGUCUGAGCCUAGGGAUCGCAUUAGAUUGCCAUUUCUUAAUGCAAACAUUUUUCUGAAGCUAAACAUCUCGACCGUAUGCGACAAUUUGGACUAACGUUUAAUCACUUAGUAUCUUACCCAUAUUAAUAUUUGUGUAGCUAUAUGUCUUUGAAAAUAUGAACUUCAUCUUUAUUGACGUAUUUGCAUGCACAAUAUUUUAACAAUAGGUAUUUCAGGUAAUUAUCUAGUGUCAAUUUCACGUUCACGUUUUUCAAUACAUUAUUAUAAGCUGUGACAGACAAAUAUUUAGUUGUAUUUGAGGUAUUCCACUAAUGAACUACAUAUUUUGUAGAUGAAUAAAGCCAAAUAUUAUCAAGUUCAGUAUUACACUUUAAUUCAGUUAGAUUAAAACAUUAGGUAUAAUAUCCUUUUUUAAAUAUAUAAUCUGUUACAGUGUCCACAUUCCAUGGGACAUUCAUGCAUGGUUUAAAUGGGUUAAGCUUAAGCUUAUCAUGUUUCUAAUUUAUUUAUUUCGCUUUACAUAUACGCACAUAGUAUUAUCUGUAUACAAUAUACGGUAUAUCUCGAUACAGUAUAACAUGCACAUUAUGUAUACCCUGACAGGGGGACACAUAUAUACUUUGCUACGUUUAGGUAUAUUAAUGCUCAUUCGUGUUUUAAAUUCUAUUUGAUAUAUACCUAUUUGAUGUCGUGUCUAUUUGAUGUUAUAUCCAAAGCGUUAUAUAUUACGUCUACUUGAGUAACUAGUUAUAUUGAAUUGAUACAUACAUGGUUGAGAAUAUAUGCAAUAGGUAUUUCUUAUAAGUAUAACAAGUUCUUAGAUUUUUUUGCUAAUUAGUUAUACUAUUAUGUCUUAUUUUGAUGACGGCAUUUUUGUAUUUUAAUAAACAUUAUUAUGAUUACUGUGAUCGGUAUUUUAAAAGUAUUUAUUCAAUUUUAAUUUAGUAACUCAUUUUUAGCAUUUAUUUAAACAUCUAUAUAACGUACAUUUAAGUAUAGUUUAUAUUUGACCUUUAAAAAAAAAACUUUGUAUGCGUAUUUAUAUAUUAUGUGUCAUAUUAUAUUAGUAAAACAUAAAAAUAUCGAGAAAAAAAAUGGUAAAUGAGGGUAAGAUGCAGGCAUGUUCGAAAAAUGCUUCAAACUGAGCUAGAAACAAAAAUAACUUACAGGAAACAUUAAAUUUUGUGCUUUUGUGUUGUUUCUAUUUUGGCAUUAUAUUGUACUUAAAUUUACAUGCAUUGUAUUAAAAAUUAACUUUACUUGAUGGUACGAAUUUGCGAUGUAGAUCAGCCAUCAAAAAUCAUUGAAGUAAACGCGUAGUAAGCAUGUACUGUAAUUAAUUACUGUAAGUAAAUAAACGAUCCAUUCCAUAUAGUCAGAUAUGUAUAAAAUUUUAGUGCCGGUACCUUAUUGAAACAUGUUAAUCUAGUUACUGCGGUCGGAAAAUUUAAUAAAAUAGCUCAGACAUAGGUGAUGGAAUAUUUGUAUUAGAAUUAUACUAGGAUUUUAUUUGCGAAGGUUUUUUCUCAAUGACAAUUAAAUUGUUGUUUACGAAUAUACUUAGUAAGUAUAUUUGCUGCCCAGUUUGUAUGCUGUUAAAUCGCAAACAUACGCACAUAUUAUAACACAUGCCAUACACUCGCCUAUUCCUUUCCAACACUCCGUCCGUCCUUAGUUUGUUAUGAAAAACAUUUUAUACAUUAUAUAUAUAUUUUUUUUAAUGUAUAAUUAUUUGCUAUGAUCCACUAAUAAAAAUAUAUAUUCAUAAUCAUAUAAAUAAUUGCAAAAUCGCAAAAUCAUAGCUUUUUUUAUCUUAUCCGUGGCUUUUUAAAUUAUUAUUUUUACUCAGAUACUGUUUGUUACUUUAAAGUUGACGACCUCGGUGUCGCAGUGGCAAAGUUCUUGCCACUGAUCCGAGAGGUCCCGGGUUCGAUCCCCAGACGGGUCAUGAUGGAAAAUGAUCUUUUUCUGAUUGGUCCGGGUCUUGGAUGUUUAUCUAUAUAUGUAUUUGUUAUAAAAUAUAGUUUCGUUGAGUUAGUAUCCCAUAACACAAGUCUCGAACUUACUUUGGGGCUAACUCAAUCUGUGUAAUUCGUCCUAAUAUAUUUAUUUAUUCAUUUAAAGGCACUUAUUUCAUACCACAUAUAUGGAAACCUCAGGUUGCCUCAAUCAUUUUGUUAUUACUCCAUAAUGUCGUUGAUUUCGGGUUCGUAGGAAGCAUAAUUGUUGAGGAUACGCCGAUGUCUUUCUGUAUGGGAUAAACCUGAGUGGGUUAUAAUGACGAUUGGAAAUUAUAGUAAGUCUUGAAUUUCAUUAAAAAUAUGGAUAUUUUCGAUGUUAUUAUAAUAUUUAAUUACAUGUUCUAGGUGUCUAUUUAAUGCUUACAUCAUAUAAAUUGUUAAAAUUGUAGUGUUUGCCUGCGUGAAUAUAUGUAGAGUUUUAAUAUUUAUCCGUCUGAUACUAAUUAUUCGUAGCUUGUUCUUCAUUCACAUUGAUUUCAUUUGUGUAUUGGAAAAAUAUUGAUGAGCUAAACCCAAAUUGUGUAAAAAAUGUUUUUCAAAAUUUGGUAUCUAAUUCCGAAUUUAUUAUCGGUUAGUUGAGGUAAAACCUAGGGUCUAACUGAUCUUUUCUAUAAAUUUUGUUACAUUUAUAUGUAACGUGUGAUGUAAGACUGGAUUUUGGAGAGUUGAAUAUAUUUAUAUAUAUACAGUUUUAAGUAACUUCAUAUUAAAUGGACCAGAGUAUUGUAUACAUCAGUUAGGGUGUUGUAAGUAUAAUGAGACAAGAAAAGAUCUGUAAAAAAACUAUUUUUGAACAUCGGUUACAAUACAAUAUAGAUAGGUAAAAUGGCAUUUUAGUGAGAAAAUUUGAACAAAAAAUAUUGUAGUUAAAAGUAAUGAAGGAUAGUCGUAUAAAUUAUAUCUGAGAUGGACUGGAUGUGUUUUAAAAGCAGCUUCUAGCGGCCCUUUAUCCGCGAAAUCGGGAUUCCUCUAAAUAUAUAUUAUGUAUCUAAAUAUAUAUGUUAUUGCACAAUAUAUAAGUAAUAUGUAAAAUUGUUCAAGAGGUGAAAUUUGACGUCAAAGACGGAAAUUUUCAAAUCAGAUUUUUCUAUAAAUUACACUUAAUAUUUAUCUUAUUGGUAGUAUGAUGACGAUUAAGUACUGAUUUAUUUAAUUUGGACUGGUCAACAUUUUUAUAUUCCAUUACUAUCAUUUUUUAUACUUUUAUAAAACGUUUUAAACGUUAUGUAUUUUUUUAAUAAAUAAGACCAAGAGAUUCAAAAAUUUUUAAAUAAGUAUUUAUAGUGUGGUCUCUGUGUGGACGUUAUGGACACACUUUAAUAGAGUGCAUGAAAGCUUUAAAUUUUUAUAAAUUUUAGGUCUAGGUUAAGAUGUACUUUGUGUGUCGUUAAGAUCAAAUUUUUUGAGACUUAAAUACUUUUCGUCGUUUUCUUGAAAUAAAAAUAAAGUGUGUAUUAUCUUUUGCAAAUGUGUACAGUCAUCCAGAUAUCAAGUUGCCCGUUCUGCCAAGGUAAUAACAUUACAUUCGAAAUGAUUUUGGGUAGCUUGUUAAUGUGCCAUUGAUUGUACUGUCUUCUAGUUUAGUAGCUAUAAAAAUAAAACAUCUUAAAAAAUAUUCUUAUAUUCUUUUUGAGAUUUUUUUUCUUUUUCAUUUGUGUUAAUGAUUAGUUUGUUCUAUCAUUUGACGUAAUUGACGCUAUUAUUUUAAAGGAAUCUAAUUCUUUUCUAUUUUAAUAGUAUUAGGGUUAGAUACGUAUACUCUGUUACAUCUAGCUUAACUAUACUAUAUUUGUACCUUAGAAAUAUUAUCCUAAAUAAUAACCUAAUUGUCGAUGUUAUACACUUUCGUAAUUAACACUGUAAUAAUAUUUAUGUGACUGUUAGUACUUCAAGAUGAAAUGCUAGAUGAAAAAAAAAAUAAAAAAAAAAGUAGAAAUCAUGUAAUACUGAAAGUAGUACGCCAUAGUUCAGUUUUCAUUUGUAUUUUACUUACAUAGAAUUCAAUAAAGUGUUACGAAACUUCCAAA